AUGCCCCUGCCCGAGCCCAGCAAGCGGGAGAACGAAAGCGUGCAGGCCGGCCAGGAACCUGCCCGAGAGCCUGGCACCGAUGUUGUUCCUGCCGCCCCCAGGAUCCCCAAGUUCCCCUCCAAGCUCGUCCUGCUCACAGCCUCCAAAGACAGCGCCAAGGUGGCGGGGAACAAGCGUAAGGGUGUGCACUGCAUCAUGUCCCUGGGGACGCCGGGCCCCGCUACCCUCGCCAAGGCCCUCCUGAAGAUCCACCCUGAGGCCCAGCGGGCAAUCGAGGCGGCACCCCAGGAUCCUGAGCCGAAACGCAGCAGGCUGGACACAGACGCCGAAGGGCCAGGAGCCGCGGGAAGAGCAACCCGGCCGCCGCCCCCCACCCCCGCGGUGCGAGGCGGCAAGUCCGCGCAGUCCGCGGGGCGGGGCAGGGUGUGCGCGGCGCCCGGCGCGUCCUCGUCACCUUGA